UCCUCUUCCGGAUCCUGCAGGUGCUUAGAGCCUUUGCCUCUGGAGCAGGGGAACAUGGAGUACACCAAACAGCUAAUUCUCAGCUGUUUGCUCAACAUCUGCCAAAAGCUCUCUCCAGACGGCGGCAAAAUACCAAAAGACGUUCUGGACGAGGAGAAGUUCAAUGUGGAGUUGAUCGUGCAGUGCAUCCGCGUCUCGGAGAUGCCUCAGACCCACCACCACGCCCUCCUACUUCUGGGGACUGUGGCCGGGAUAUUUCCUGAUAAAGUUCUGCACAAUAUUAUGUCUAUCUUUACAUUUAUGGGAGCCAACGUCAUGCGUCUAGAUGAUACUUACAGUUUUCAAGUUAUUAACAAGACAGUGAAAAUGGUUAUUCCGGCACUUAUUCAGUCUGAUGGCGGAGACUCUGUGGAAGUCACGAGGAACGUGGAGGCGAUCGUGGUGAAGAUCAUGGGUGUGUUUGUGGAUGCGCUGCCACACGUCCCAGAGCACAGGCGCCUGCCGGUCCUGGUCCAGCUCGUCGACACCCUCGGCGCAGCACGAUUCCUCUGGGUCCUCCUCGUCCUGCUGUUCGAACAGUACAUCACAAAGACCGCGCUGGCGGCCGCCUGCGGGGAGAAGGUCAGCGUGGGGGGCGGGUGGAAUGCAAGACGGGUGUUUCCCUCAGGUUUGUGAUCUUUUCCAGCUGAACUGUGGGCAGCGAUGUUCCG